ACUCAUCCGCACUAGAACUGAUAUGUGCCGUGUAUAUGUGACAUCAGACGACAACAAAUCUGCAAAGUUGUACUCAAUGAUUAACUCUACCUAUUAUUUUUGUUCUUUCUCAGUUUCGCCCAAAGUUUACUGGAGCUGUUUUGUUAAUGAUCAUUCUAAUCUAAAGUCAAUAGCCAUCAACUAAUCUCUUAUAUCAGCCUUCAACUAGACGAAAGAACUUCAAUCAAUAUUCUCAACGCAGCGAUGUUUUUCCGUUCAGCUCUACGAAUCGUCGAGGUGAUAUUUGUAGGCUCAGUAGCUUUGCCGGCCUUUGCCGAAGAGUUUUCUUCGAAGAAAUUUCAACCAUGCAAAGGCAUGAGCGAUUUAAACCUUCGCGAGCGUCAGAAAGCUACAAUGAACACGCUUAAAAUAGCAACAAAGUGCGCUCCCUAUGUCCUGCAGUUUCUAGGUACGUCCUUCGAAGAUUGCGGUCUUACAUAUAUUGACGUCGCGCCGUUAAUUACGAAACUGUUUUGCUUCGGACAACAGAUAAUUUUCGGAAUAUUGGGUGACGAACGAAACAUACUAUACAAGAACGUCACGCGAGAAACCUUCUACCAGCAUGCGAUUGACCUUAUAAAAAUAAUCAAUGGAGUCUACCCUACGAUGAAGCAUCACAAAGGCCAAACGGUACUCUCAAUCCCUGGCUCUUUACUCACUGACUACCUUGCUACCAUGAUGAACUGCUACACAAACAGUACGAAACUUCCUUUUAUUAAGGACCUAAGGUAUAUCCUGUUUAUGGGUGAAAGCUUAAACAAGCAUUUCAUUCAAGUAAUGAAGUGAGACCCAAAGCUGAAACCACCUAAACACAGCCGAUAAAACUCCAGUGCCUCUAUAACGGGUGUUGCCUACAACAAAACAAUUUACAUUUCAUCUAAUCAAUUAUUUAAGCAACUACAUUUCAAAGGUGUACUCAUAUUUACGUAUGUAACCUCAAUUCGUCUAAUAAAAUACGUAUUUUAUGUUGAACCUUAUUGACAACGGGGUUUCUAUCAAUAGGUCGA